GAGCUUGCACCCCAUCAGCCUUUGCACACACAUAAUCCUUCGACAUGUUCCCCACCUCCAACUCGAUUCCACCACUAGUCACAUCUUCCCUUCUCUAUCCCUUUCAUAGAAACAUAGAAAAUAGGUGCCGGAGUAGGCCAUUCGAGCCUGCACCACCAUUCAUUGUGAUCAUGGCUGAUCAUCCACAGUCAGUAACCCGUGCCUGCCUUCUCCACAUAUCCCUUGAUUCCGCUAGCCCCUCAAACUCUAUCUAACUCUCUUUUAAAUUCAUCCAGUGAAUAGGCCUCUACUGCCUUCUGUGGCAGACAAUUCCACAAAUUCACAACUCUCUGGGUGAAACAGUUUUUUCUCAUCUUAGUUUUAAAUGGCCUCCUCUUUAUUCUUAGACUGUGGCCCCUGGCUCUGGACUCCCCCGUCAUUGGGAACAUUUUUCCUGCAUCUAGCUUGUCCAGUCCUUUUAUAAUUUUAUACGCUUCCCACAGACACUGUUUCAUCCGCAACUCCAUGGUUCACUCCCCGGGUACUUUCCCUUGGAACCGCAGGAGGUGCAACACCUGUACCUAUAACUCCAUCCUCAACUCCAUCCAAGGCCCCCGGUGGUCGUUCCAGGGUGGAGCGGCAGAGGCCAGGGCCCCGGAUAGUCCUGAGGUCCGUUGGAGCUGGAAGAGGGCGGGCUCGUCGCCGCUGCUGGCCCGGGCCUUCCACAGCGUCAACGUGAUGGGCGGCAAGCUGGUGGUGUACGGGGGCACCAAGUCGGCGGACCUGCGGGAGGGGCCGCUGGGCGAGGCGGUGGUCCUCGCCCCCUCACUGGUGGUGGAGGGUGUGGUGCGGGGAGGCCCGGCCCGCAGUCACCACGGCACGGCGGUGCUGCAAGGGCGCUGGCUGCUGCUGGUGGGCGGCUGGGACGGCAGGCGACGGCUUACCGAUCUCCACGCCAUUGAGCUGGGCAGCCCUGAGCCCGGUACCUGGAGGGCACUGCAGCAGGAGGCAGACACCCUGUCGCCUGUUGGCCUGAGUGGUCACACCGUCACCCAGUUGACCGAGCGGCGGCUCUGGGUGGUGGGCCGCGAGGGAGGGGUCCGCACCCAGAGGAGGUUCGCCAGUAUCUUCCAGCUGCAGGUUGACAUCCAGCGGGGUCGGUACCGGUACGAGGAGCAGGCCUCACGAGUCGCGUCGCGCUCGGGACACUCAGCGAGCCUGUGCCGGAGGCCGGGCCGUGAUGGGGGCACCGUCCAGCUGCUGCUGUGCGGGGGGCGUAACAGCCAGGGGUUCGAGGUGGCCGGGAUCUGGAACGAGGGAUCCGUGCAGGCCCAGCCUCCCUGUGCCCCAGGCCUAGUGGCGAGGCUGAGCUCCCUCAUCAGCGAGAGGGUGGUGACUCCCGGCACCCCGACCUCCCGGCGACACCACGCCGCGGUGCAGGUGGGCCCCUUCGUGGUGCUGCACGGGGGCGAAUGCUUCAACAAGGCCGUCGACACCAUCUGCGGCGACCUGUACAUCUACGACACACGACCCUCUGCGGGGAGGUGGUAUCAGUUUCCUGCCAGCGAGGUGGAGUUGAGGCGUGUUGGACACCAGCUGGUGGUGCUGGGCGAGCAGCUGUGUGUAAUUGGUGGUCUGGGCCCAGACGGCAAGCACUGCCCCCCUGACAUCUACACCUUGACGAUCCACCACUGAGUCCGGGCUGCUUCCCGCUCGUUCUGCUUCAAAUAAAACUGCUGUCUGGGACACUCUACAGGGUCACUAUCAUCUGGCCGGUUUGCCAUUAUCGAGUCAUAGACCACAUAUAUUGGCCGUUUGGUCCACAUUGCCCAAACGCCAUCCAUCCGUAUUAAUGUUGGAAGGAAUCGUAUCCAGUCCUCCAGCACUUGGCCUUCUGUACUGCUUCUCUCGACAAUUAAAUGCUGUCACUGAC